UCAGAGGAAGGAGAGCUUCAGAAACAUUUCCUCAGCACAGAAGAGAACAGAACAGAACUCUCUCACCUAUGAAUCAGAAAAAUGUUUUGCAAGGGCAGCAUGAAGCGGACAAAAUCUGGAGCAAAGAAGGAUUCUAUGCUGUUGUCAUUUUUGUCAGCAUCUUUGUUAUUAUAGUAACAUGUUUGAUGAUUCUUUACAGAUUAAAAGAAAGGUUUCAGCUUUCCUUGAGACAAGAUAAAGAGAAAAACCAGGAGAUCCACCUAUCACCCAUUGCAUUACAGCCUACACAGUCUGAGGCCAAGGCAAACCACAGCAUGGUCCAGCCUGAGCAGGCCCCCAAGGUACUCAGUGUUGUUAUAGAUCCUCAAGGCCGAUGCACUCCUGAGAUCAAAGCUACCACCUGUACCUCUGUCUGCCCUUCUCCUUUCAAAAUGAAGCCCAUAGGACUUCAGGAGAGACGAGGGUCCAAUGUAUCUCUUACAUUGGACAUGAGUAGCCUAGGGAAUGUGGAACCACUUGUGGCUGUACCAACACCACGAGAGAAGGUAGCUAUGGAGUACCUGCAAUCAGCCAGUCGAAUUCUGACAAGGUCACAACUGAAGGAUGUCGUGGCAAGUUCACAUUUACUCCAAAGCGAAUUCAUGGAAAUACCGAUGAAUUUUGUGGAUCCCAAAGAAAUUGACAUUCCACGUCAUGGAACUAAAAAUCGUUAUAAGACCAUCUUGCCAAAUCCACUCAGCAGAGUGUGUUUGAGACCAAAAAACUUAACGGACUCACUAAGCACCUACAUUAAUGCAAAUUAUAUUAGAGGAUACAGUGGCAAGGAGAAAGCAUUCAUUGCCACCCAGGGCCCUAUGAUCAACACUGUGAAUGACUUCUGGCAGAUGGUUUGGCAGGAAGACAGCCCUGUGAUUGUUAUGAUCACAAAACUCAAAGAAAAAAAUGAGAAAUGUGUGCUGUACUGGCCAGAAAAGAGGGGGAUCUAUGGAAAGGUGGAGGUGCUGGUUAUCAGUGUUAAUGAAUGUGAUAACUACACAGUGAGAAACCUCGUCUUAAAGCAAGGAAGUCACACCCAGCAUGUGAAGCAUUACUGGUACACCUCAUGGCCGGAUCACAAGACUCCAGACAGCGCCCAGCCCCUCCUACAGCUAAUGCUGGAUGUGGAAGAAGACAGACUGGCUUCUGAGGGCCGAGGGCCUGUGGUGGUCCACUGCAGUGCAGGGAUCGGUAGAACUGGGUGUUUUAUUGCUACAUCCAUUGGUUGUCAGCAGUUAAAAGAAGAAGGAGUGGUUGAUACAUUAAGCAUUGUCUGCCAGCUCCGUGUGGACAGGGGUGGAAUGGUCCAAACCAGUGAGCAGUAUGAAUUUGUGCACCAUGCUCUAUGCCUGUAUGAGAGCAGACUUUCGGAAGAAACUGUGCAGUGAUCUACUGAAGACAACUGGAUCAUCAGUCUAUUGGGGGUGAUGAAUCAAAUUACCCCUAUUUGAGGCUUCUGGAAGAAGCUUCCUGUGACAGGGAGACAGAGGAGCUCUGAAACCAACCUGUGGCAUGGAUUGUGGGAAACCUGGCAACCUACUCAAAAUUGCCAACCUCUUGUGUACAUUAAUGCAUUUGUAAGCAUCCCUGAGUUAUUUUGAAGGUCCUAUGCUGAUUGAGGUAUGAUAGAUGUCUCACACAGCCUAAGGUGGAUUUUGUUUUGUCUGUAUUGGGUACUAACCACAUAGAAUGUAUGUGUGUAUGUGUUAUAGGGUGAUCUCCAUCAUGAAAUGAUGACUGGGGGGUGCUUCUGAAGACAUCCUUAUUAUAUGUUUAAAUGCUCUCAUGUCUGUAAAGUCUGUCUCGUGAAUGGACAGUCAACUGUUCCACUGUUCCCAUUUUAAGUGCUAUUACGUAUCUCAGUUACCAGAAUCUUGCUGCUAAAAUUGCAAGUGAUUGAUCAUGGAUUUUUAACAAAUAAGUUUUUCUU